AUGAAGGUGUCCGUGGCUGCCCUCGCCGUUCUCACCAGCGCUGCCUUCUGGUCCCUGGCCUCCUCUGGCCCACGGGGACCGGACAUGCCCAUCUCCUGCUGCUUCUCCCACACGGCCCGCCAGAUCCCGCGCAGCAUGGUGGUGGAUUACUAUGACACCAGCAGCAAGUGCUCCUUACCCGCUAUAGUGUUUAUUACGAAGAAAGGCCGGUCCGUCUGUGCCAACCCCAGCAACUCCUGGGUCCAAGCCUAUGUGACCACCUGGAUCUGA